GGGGAAGCCGCCUCGAACAUGGCAGGGGCUUGUUCAUGGAAGAAGCCCAGCCCCAAGCAAGCCCUGCCCCCUGCCGCCCAGGGGCUGCCUCCGGAGGGGCUCAGCGGCCAGCCCCAGCGGCCCCCACCCGAGGUCUGGUAAGGAAGCCCCGCUCCUCCCUCCGCCUGGGCCCCGGCAGCCACGCCCACAACUGCAGCCCACGCGGCCCCUUUGCCCUCCCUCGACAAACACGGCGGGGCUCAAGUGUCGCGAGAGCUGCGGCCGGCCCGCUGGCCAGCGCCGCUAUUCCUUCCCCGCAGUAGAGCCUCGCGAGAUUCCCGGCCGCUUUCCUUUCUUGCCGGCGGCCGAGCUCUCGCGAGAGCCCCCCCCCAACACACCGCGACGAGAGGGCGGGGCCGAGGCGAGCCUGUUAUCUCCUCGCCGCGCUCAACCUCUCGCGGCGUUUGAGGGAAGACUCCGCCCCUCCCGGGCACUUGGCCCCUCGCGCCCCCCUCCCUGGCCGCCGCCGCCGCCGCCGCCUUUCUCGGGAGGGAGUGACAUGGAGCCGGCCGGGCCAGAGCGCCUUUACCAGCACUUAAUUGAACCACUGAAUGACAGAACAGACAAGAAGUUCUACAAUGUUGCUAAACUGGGAGGCACCAAAUACGAUAUCCUGCCUUACUCCAUACGGGUACUGUUGGAAGCCGCUGUCCGCAACUGUGAUGGCUUCCUAGUGAAAAAAGAAGAUGCUAUGAACAUUUUGGACUGGAAAGAAAAACAGAACAAUGUUGAAGUGCCCUUCUGUCCUGCCAGAGUCCUUCUCCAAGACUUUACUGGAAUUCCUGCAAUAGUGGAUUUUGCCGCUAUGAGGGAAGCUGUGAAAAAUCUUGGAGGGGAUCCUACAAAAGUUCAUCCUGCCUGCCCAACAGAUCUCACUGUGGACCAUUCUUUGCAGAUUGACUUCAGUAAAUGUGCAAUACAGAACACUCCCAAUCCUGGAGGUGGUGAUCCACAGAGGCCACCACCAAAACUUUCUCCACUUAAAGCUCCUCGGAAGCUACCGUGCAGGGGCCAGUCCAGCUGCAGAGGGCCAUGUGAUGGAGAGUCUGGUCGUAAUUCGGGGCCACUUUCUGUGCAGAUUGAGAACACGCCUCCGCUGUGUCCUUUUCAUCUUCAACCAGUGCCUGAGCCGGAAACAGUGUUAAAAAACCAGGAGAUGGAAUUUGGUAGAAAUAGAGAGAGACUUCAGUUUUUCAAGUGGGGUUCCAAAGUUUUCAGGAAUGUCUCAGUAAUUCCUCCUGGAACAGGAAUGGCCCACCAAGUGAACCUGGAGUACUUGUCAAGAGUAGUAUUUGAUGUUAAAGACUUCCUCUAUCCAGACAGCGUUGUUGGCACUGAUUCCCAUACAACAAUGGUGAAUGGCUUGGGAAUCUUGGGAUGGGGUGUGGGUGGAAUUGAAACCGAAGCCGUCAUGCUUGGCUUGCCAGUCACCCUCACCCUGCCUGAGGUGGUUGGGUGUCAACUGACAGGCUCCGCCAGCCCGCUUGCCACAUCAAUCGAUGUGGUCCUGAGCAUUACAAAGCAACUUAGGCAAGCAGGCGUGUCUGGAAAAUUUGUGGAGUUCUUUGGGCCUGGAGUUUCCCAGCUCUCCAUAGGUGACCGGACCACAAUAGCAAAUAUGUGUCCAGAAUAUGGUGCUAUCCUGAGCUUUUUCCCUAUCGACAAUGUGACAUUAAAGCACUUAAAACACACUGGCUUUGAUGAGACCAGGCUUAAGUUGAUGGAAACAUAUCUUAAAACUGUGAAACUACUUCGAAGUUAUGAACUUUCCACAGAAGAACCUGAAUAUUCCCAGGUUAUAUGCAUAAAUCUGGGUUCUAUAAUGCCCUAUGUAAGUGGUCCCAAAAGGGCACAGGACAGAGUGGCUGUUACGAAUAUGAAGAGUGAUUUCCAGGCCUGCUUAAAUGAAAAGGCUGGCUUUAAAGGCUUUCAGAUUCCAGCUGAAAGGCAAAGGGAUGUGGUUCCUGUGGAGUAUGAAGGAAAUGAGUACAAGCUGGCUCAUGGAUCAGUCGUCAUUGCUGCAGUAAUCAGCUGUACAAACAACUGCAACCCCUCUGUAAUGCUAGGAGCAGGUCUGUUGGCCAAAAAAGCCAUUGAAGCUGGUCUGACUGUUAAACCGUACAUAAGAACCAGCUUAUCGCCUGGCAGCGGAAUGGUCACGCACUAUCUCACUUCCAGUGGUGUAUUGCCAUACCUUAAUAAACUUGGAUUUGAGGUCGUUGGCUAUGGAUGUUCCACAUGUGUUGGGAAUACCGCUCCUUUGCCAGAAACCAUUCAGAAUGCAAUUGUGCAGGGUGACUUGGUUGCUUGUGGAGUUUUGUCUGGAAAUAAAAACUUCGAGGGCCGUCUCUGCAGCUGCAUCUGUGCCAAUUACCUUGCUUCCCCGCCUCUAGUUGUGGCUUAUGCUAUAGCAGGAACUGUGAAUAUUGAUUUCCAGACUGAGCCAUUAGGGGUCAGUCCUGAUGGCAAAAGAAUCUUCUUGCAUGAUAUUUGGCCCACUCGAGAAGAACUUCAGCAAGUGGAAGAAGAGUUCGUAAUAUCAUCCAUGUUUAAAGAGCUGAAGGAGAAAAUGGAGAAAGGAAAUAAGCGGUGGAAUUCUCUAGAAGCGCCUGAAUCAGUCUUAUUUACGUGGGAUUGGAAGUCUACUUACAUCCGAUGUCCUUCCUUUUUUGAUAAGCUUACCAAAGACCCUCUUCCACCCCAGUGUAUUGAAAAUGCGCACGUCUUGUUGUUUUUGGGGGAUUCGGUCACGACAGAUCACAUCUCACCUGCAGGAAGCAUUGCGAGGGGCAGCGCUGCUGCCAGAUACUUAACCAACAAGGGCCUCACGCCCCGUGAAUUCAAUUCCUAUGGUGCUCGGCGGGGAAACGAUGCAGUGAUGACAAGAGGCACCUUUGCAAACAUAAAACUUUUCAAUAAAUUCAUUGGGAAACCUGCUCCUAAAACAAUUCACUUUCCAACUGGACAGACGCUAGAUGUAUUUGAUGCAGCUGAGUUGUAUCGCAAAGAGAAUAUCCCUCUGAUAAUCUUAGCAGGCAAGAAGUAUGGACUGGGGAGCUCGAGAGACUGGGCUGCAAAAGGACCUUUUUUACUGGGUGUGAAAGCAGUUAUUGCUGAAAGCUAUGAGAAGAUCCAUAAAAGUCAUUUGAUUGGAAUGGGCAUUGCUCCGCUCCAGUUCCUCCCCGAGGAAAACGCAACGUUUUGGGGCCUGACAGGCAAAGAACAGUUUUCAAUCUCAUUUCCUCAUGAGUUGUCCCCUGGAAUCUCCCUAGAUGUAAAGACAAACACAGGGAAAGUAUUUCAUGUGGUUGCCGCAUUUGACAGUGACAUGGACAUAACGUUAUACAAACAUGGUGGCAUUCUGAACUACAUGGUCCGAAGGCUGUUGUAGAGGCCUGCUCACACCUUGAGGGACUAUGCGCAUCAAUGGGCCAACCCCGCAAUGGCUUGCACAGGCCUCACUCCAUCGAUGGAACUGCGUACAGUCCUGCUGCACUCUGAAAUUUCGUCCAUGGAUGUAAAAGAUUGUGAAUUGUUGUAGUGACUGCAGCAAGAUCCGCCUGGAUUUUAAAAAUAAUACUCGAAUGGUGCUAUUGACAUUGCUUAAAAAAUUGACGUGUGUGUUGUGAAAGAGAGCUGUAAGUAUGGGGAUGGGCGGGAGGGGGUUGUCUUAGGCCAUUUUGUAAAUAAAGUGACAUGAAACCUGAAACUGAAUUGUGUUGAAGAUUUUAAGCCAGAAGACUAUCUGUCGUUGGGCCCCACCCCAGUUUUGACACCUUCGCUUCCUUACUGCUGUCUGUUGGUUUGAGGGCAGCACAUGGUUUGGCUUGAUGAGGAUGGGUAGUUUCCUUUUAAUUAAGGUUUCCAUAAAAUCAAAAGCAAAAGUCAGUGUGAAGGCCACAAGUUACAAACACAGGACGCUGCAAUCUUAACGCAAAACUAGGUGAAUUUUUGACAAGGAGCUAGUAUGGAUGUUUUCAGGGUUGGCCUCACCUCCCCCUUUGCUGAAACAGCAGCAAUCUCUUUUCCCCAUUUGCCUUUUGGAGUUAAUGAAUGUAGAGAAGCAGGGGCAAAAUUAGAGUUUAUUUCACCUGGUCAAAGAUUUAGUUUGGCAGUGCGUGCCCCCCCCCCCAUUUCUAUACACAAACACACAGGCUGAGAGCUUCAAUGGCAUUCCUCUGGAGACUUCACCUGGGGCAAAAAAACAGGCUAGCCCCCCCAGCUAUGAUCCUGAGAGAAGCAACCUGGGCUACCAAUCGCUGAGGAACCGAGCUGCAACAAUGGGUUUCGAUUAAUAAUUUUUAAGAAUUUUCAUUUAUAACAAUCUAAUAAAAGCCAUAUUAAUACAAUACCAAAUUAUAAUAUGAUUUAAAAAGCCAAUUAUCCAAUACCAAAUUAAACAAUUUUGAAUGACUUCCCGGGUUCUGGAUUUCAGGGAAUGAUGAUCUUAUUUUGUCCUGCUCCAAUACUCUCAGUCCAAAUACAACAGUUCCGAUCUUGAUCCUUUAUUUUAACAGCCACUAAUUUCAUUCGCAUUUAACUGUUCCAUAUCCAUUAGUUUUGCAAGGGGAGUUUGAUCCUGUAAAUUUCUGUGUGAAAUGUUUGUUUUUCGUUCAUCUUUACUCUUCAUGUUCUAUUCCAUGCUCAGCAUUUCCCUUCACUUGCGCUUUCUGCACUCAAGGCCAACAAUUUUCACUGCAACACACGCCAUUUUGCUUAUCCAAGACAAAGAGAGGUCUGGUGUCUCACUAUAGCCCUGGGCAGAUAUCCAGAAUUAUCUUCUUUGAUCCCUCUCCCAUCCAUUAACAAGCCGGUAUCUCUCCAAAGCCAUGAUGUCAGAACCAAAGUCUUCUUUACCAUUCCGUAGAAGGUCCAUGCCACAAAUCAUUGUGAUGUUUUACACAGUUUAAUUCUUGCAAUUAAUCCAUAAAAAUUAUGAAGCUCUUGUUAA